CAACUUCAGCAAUGAUGGACGUGUACGAUGCUCAAAUGCUGGACUACUCGGACAUAGAUGUCCAGAUGUAUACCACUGUCUCCUCCCCAAAGCCUUGGCCUCAUAUCGAAGCAAUCAUGGAAGACGACGUCAAUCCCCACCCUCUUGCAAUCACUGCGACUCCCUACCCUCACCAGGAAGACGUAGAGAUCGACAUGGAGCCCGAGUAUACCGACGCCGUCGAGUAUGAGAUGGCUGAUGAUGGCGAUUUUUCUGUCCCCGGUGGCGGCGAGUUGGUAGACGUCGAUCUCUACGACGCUUCACUGAUCCCUGAAGCAGAUAUCACCGAUGCAUCUGUCGUACCUCUGUACGAUUUAUCAUCUAUGCUUCCGCUUGAGAGCUCGAUGGGCGAGCAGAUCGUCUCUUCCUCAGAAAGUGCAGACUCACUAGCCCCAGCUCCUGCGGAGCCAAUCAUAGGCCACCCGGAUAUUUCCCUGCCGCAGACUGAAGUGACCACCGUUCUUCAGCCUGAUCCUCCCAAAACCGAUCUCUCGCACAUCAUACUCCAUACCGAAGAAUCGGGAGAAGCCGUCCUUCCUGAGAAACAAACUGAGAUUCAGCCUCCCGUACUCGAGUCGGAAGCUAUCCAACUACCAUCUAGCGAAUCAGCACAGCAGAACGGUGUUGACGAACAUCUUGUCCUGCACCAACCUGGUGACGACAUACUCGAAAAUGGUCACAUAUCGCUUGAUGAUCAACAUGUUGUUACUUCCUCAUCUGAACUACCGGAAAGUGAGGCCGAGCCUUCCACCCAUCUCUCGGAGCAUCUGGCGGCUCCCCCAUCUCAUAUUGAGGAUCACGACGCACAAGCAACCCUUCAAACCGACCCCGAGACUGAUUCGUAUGCUGAAGCCGCGAUUGGCGACGAGCUCACUGACGACGUUGACCCCCACGAGAUCUCUGAGGGCGUUUACAUCGACCCUCCACCCCCAGUUCUUUUGGAGCUACCGUCAUCUUCGGGACAACUUGAGUGCUGUCUUUUCAAUGCUCCUGCUGCAAGCCACCAGAGUCCACGUCCUGGCAGUCCCCAAGAAGACCAACAACGCUUUGCAAUUCUUCUUCAGCAAAGACCAACUUUGUACUAUGAACGUUUAUCAGACGUUUUUGCCGCCUUGCGCGAGGAGGAGCGUAUUCAACGUAUCCACGAAUUCACCGACGGCGAAAUGGUCUUGGAUGCGUACGAUAUACGGCUUGUGAUUUCUGAAGAUAACAUAUAUGCGCGUGAAGUAACUUUACAUGACUUGAAUGUUUUGCAUGACGGCUCAGAUUUAUCCGGCCCCCUUCGCCUUCGUCUCUUAUCCGUCGUACCAAGGUUUAUUGACCGUUACCGGUCACUCAAGGAUCAAAUCGACAGACUCAACCUUGCAGAUGAUAGUGACCAUGUCUAUGACCCCAUACCUGAGCACGAGUAUUAUGAGCCUUCUCCAAAUGACGAUCACCCUCAUGAAGAGGGGUAUUCAGAACUUUCGGAAGAUGACGAACAAGAAGGUGAUCAAGAAAGCGACAAUGACGCGCAUGAUGACCAAGGCGACGCUGAAGCACACUCGUUGGAACACGACAUACCUGCGGAGGCCGAACAACAAGCACAGGAUGAAGGUGACAUUCCGUAUCAAUCAUCAGAACAGUCUGGCUUCCACGAAGUUGUGGUCGAGGAGGCUGGCGCACUCGAGCAAGAAGGCGACGAUGAAAGCUUGGCUGCUGCUACUUCCGCCGAGAUCACGACAGUCGAUGACGAAUUGGACUCCUCAGUCAUUCAUCGCACCGCUGACACUGAUGUUCCUGUCUCUGGAGAUCUUCAGAGGACGGAAUAUGUGGAAUACUCCGAACCUCAUGAGGAUGAUGAGGCGACGGGUGAAGCGCCACUUACUGAGCCUACAGACGAGGAAGCCGUUCUUCCUGAAUUCGAGGGUCAUCUAGCAGAAUACAUCGACGCGCCUCUGGAGACCUCCCCAGAAGAGUUUCCAGUCUCGUCUGUUGACGUCAUAGGCGAUGAACUCGCUGAGCCGCACACGGACCUUGCAUCGAAUGCGGCUGAAGUACUAAUUGACGAUUAUCAGCAUGAUGGAUCUUACUCUGACAAUGAAGCAGAGGAUGAUGGUGAUGACUUCGAAGAACAUCUCGAAGACGAUCAAACUGAUGAAACCGCCUCUGGGACUGGGGCACGUUCUGUAGAAUCAAAUCACAGCGCAACUGUCGGCCAACAUACAGACGUGCGAACUUAUGCAGAUCAUGAAACUGACUUUAUAGCGAAUCUUGUUGAUGAUAUUGGCCAGUCAGGUGGGCUUGACGAAGACUGGCAGGAAGAUGCUUUAGAGCUCCAAGUUUGGGACGAGACAUUCGAUGAUGGUGGUGAUGAUGAUGAGCUCCAAACAGAUGGAGAGCCAGAUACGUUAUCCACGGAUGCCUCGACACUAUCCAGCAAAAUGUCAUCAAAAAGAGGAUUUGACGAAGUUGAUCCAGAGGCCGCAGUAGAACCAACGAGCGAGCGGGACUCAUCACCCAAACGUGCGAGGAUUCAAUAACUGGAUCAGUCUCCACAGAAGAUGCUCACAGCCCGAGUAUCGUUCCUCGAAUCUCCUAGCAGCCACGACUAUGUCCCGACUGGAGCCCUGGUUCAGCAGCCAGAUCUUCAUUCCACCCUCAGCAUUUUUUGACCCACGCAGUAUUCAAGGUAUAGGUGCAUAUUUCCCGCAAUCACUACCCAGCAUUUUUCCGGUUUGAUUUUACUUUAUCGUAUUGGACCACUGACCUUUUCAGCAUAUCUUGCGGCGGACCUGUUCGCCAUUGUUGUUCCGACUCUUUGGGAGUGGAUGGUGUGCUAGUGUAGUGUUUGGCUAGUUAGGUGUGCAGGUUCAAGCUGUGCGUGAGCUGGUUGUCUGUAUCAUAUCUGCGAGGAUACGGUUCAAAGGGCAUUGCUCGAGAAGUAAAAUAUUGAUUUAUUUCAUUGUCGGGUCUGUAAUCUGUGAGCGUAAUAGCACGCACAAUCCUCAUAUUU